CUCAAGUGUUCCUCCCGGUUCAUACCAUACCAUACCAUCCAUACGGUCUAUACAGUCUAUACGGUCCAUACGGUCCAUACCAGAGUCAGACAUGAGCGUCCGAAAGGCCCUCGUCGGGAAAGGCCCCGGCGAAUACCAAAUUAUCCACGAUGCGCCGAUACCCGCCAUACAGCCAGACCAGAUGCUCUGCAAGACCAACGCAGUGGCCCUGAACCCAGCCGAUGCAAAGACCAUCGACAACUCACCCAGCCCCGGAAUCGGUGGUUACGACUUCUCGGGCACUGUCGUCGAGGUGGGAAGCUCCGUCACGAGGUUCCAGCCCGGUGAUCGGGUUUUCGGAUUCGUCCACGGCCUCAACGCCGACAACCGGGCAUCUGGUGCCUUCGCCGACCACGUAGUGGCAACCGCCGAUGUCUGCUGCAAGAUGCCCGCGUCCAUGACAUCCAACCAGGCAAGUACCAUGGCGCUGGCCUUUGGAACUGUGGGCUACGCCAUGUUUAAGCAGCUCGGACUGGCCAUGCCUGGCUCCGAAACCGGGGAGAGGCCGGAAUACGCUCUUGUUGCUGGUGGAAAUACGGCUUCCGGCCGGAUGGCCAUUCAGCUUUUGAAACUGUCCGGCAUCAAGCCCGUCGUCACUUGCAGCGUGAGCGCCAGCGCCACCAUGAAGGACCUCGGCGCGGUGGCUACCUUCGACUACCACUCACGCACCUGCGGCCGGGAGAUCAAAAACUUCACCCGCAACACCCUCGUGCAUGCCUUCGACUGCGUCACCACCGCCGACACCAUGACCAUGUGUUUCGAGGCCUUGGGCGCCAAGGGGGGCAGAUACAUCGGUCUCGAGAACCCGCCCACUCGCGUCAAGUACACGCGGCGGGACGUGACCGUGGACUGGGUCCAGGCCCUGACGCUCUUUGGGAAACCUGUCAAGCUGGAUGGUGUAUACGGCAGACCCGCCUCGCCGUCGGAUCGUCAGUUCGCCGCGCAGCUUUACAGGGCGGCGGAGAGAUGGACCCAGGAGGGAUUAGUACGAGGGCCUGACUUUCAGCUUGGAGAAGGUGGCUUGGAAGGUCUUGUAGAAGGAAUCGACGACGUUCGCAAGGGCAAGGUUCAGGGGUAUAAGUUGGUGUACCCGAUAGCUUAG